AACUCUUGAGGGUGAUCCUGUAAUUUAACCGCCUGCAGUAGGUAGAUGAAGGUGAGGUAGUAGGUGGUGGUGACAACUUUAAGGUUGUGACUUAGCCAGAACUAGAACUCGGGUCUUUGGAGUGUUCUGUUAAAGCCCACCAAGCUGGUAGCCAGCCCAAGAGUUUUAGCCUCCAUUGUGAUCACCACAAAGGACUCAGAAAUUAAGAUAAAACACUUCAGUACCUUCUUUCUUUUCCCUAAUCUUUGAUCUGCAGCCUUAUUUAGAAAAGCUUAAUGUUGAAGAUCUAGUGUAUUCAAAACUAAAGAUAGCAAAGAGCAUGAGAAUUUUCUUCUAUUAUGAGUAUAAAGAAGGGGAAGAAAUGUUUCCUUGUCUUCUCUGAGCCUAGAGGCCCUUGCUCUUUGAGGAAGUGGAGAGAAGGAAAGUCAAGUCAAGGUGGUGGGAGUAGUUUGCAAGUCUUUUUGUUCUGUUGGGUGGAAUUAACAGACUUCAGGUUAAGUAGCUGAGUCUAUUUAGAAACAAUUCUGUGCUUGCCAGAAAGGUGGAGGGGAGGGUGUUGGGUUUGGAGGUUAAUUCUUCUCCAAGAAUGAAAAUUGGCUUCUAAAUCUGAGCCUGCAGAGCCACAUAAAGUAAUCAUCCAUUUUUCACCUGGCCAGUGCAUAAUGGGAAGGGUGGGUUAAAAGUGGGAGGACCCGUUUUCUGAUGAAAGACUGAGCCAUGUUGACCCUGCCGUGUGGAGGAUUUUCAGGUGUACCCUCACCGAGUAGCCUGGUGCGUGUGUUUCCUUAUUUGUUGUGUGCACAAGGGAGCCCUACCCUGACUUUUGUUGAAGGCAGUUUCUGCCUUCUGAAAAAGCAGCUGGGAUCUGGGCGGUGGGUUGAGGGCUAGAAUAUCCUGUGAACCAAAAUGAUUCAGGUUCCCCUUGGCCACGAUGAGCCUCAUUUUGAGGUGUUCUGUAGUUUCUGAAUGUGGAUUUUAGGAAAGGUUCCUGUUCUCGUGUGUGUUGUUGGCCUGUGCGUGUGUGAUCUCCGAGGGUGCUGUUCGGCAUUUGUGUCUCUGGGCUGUAUAGAAGACAGUUUGAAGUUCGAGCUUUAAACGCUUUAUUUAGAGAGGGCCUUACUUGGCAUUCUUCACAGUGGGUAUCUAGAUUUGCAGGGGCCCUUUGUAAGGACACACAUUGCAUUGCAGUGGCAUUUAAACUGCAUUCAGCUGAAUUUAACCGUUUCUGUCCUGAAUCUUAAAGUUUAGACUUCAAUCAUUAGAGCACCACGUUUUCAGUUUCUUCCCUGGAUGAAAAUCCAGCGAUUUGGUGAGUGUCCUGAUUGGGUAAAAUGCUAACGAUUUAAUUAACGGGCAUGUUUAACAGGAUGCGCGAUGUUAGUCGAAAGUGGAGUGGACGAACGAGGCACCUCUUCUGCCACGAGCGGACCAGCUGUGCGUCGUCCACACCGGGCUUCUCUUCCCUCUGGCCGCAGCCAAGUAACCAUUUCUGUGGUUUUUGGUUUUUGUUUUUCCCCCUCUAGGUUUUGGAAAUCCCUGGUCUCCAGGUUGCUGGGAUUGACUUCUUGCUCAGUUGAAUCACUCACUCAAUGGAGACAAAGAGAAUGAACGCUCCGUGCUGACUCAUAUUUGAAUCAAAGCGCUGGGGAGUCUGUCUGCCUUGUUUGUGCAAAGAACCAGUGGUUGGCUCUGCCACCGAGCUUCCUAAGACUUCUGAAGAUAAGAAGCUACAGGAAUAUAUACUUUGCUUUUGAACUUUUGUAACAAAUACUUGUUCUCGUUUUAAGUCCAGGGCUGCUGGGGGCGUGAGUGACAAGUCUUACAAGUGGCCUUAUUCCAGUUCCAGAAAUCCCUCCACCGGAUUCUUAUUUUGUAUACAAUCCUAAAGUGCCAGGAAACAUGCCAACUCAGUCCCUGCUGGUGUAUAUGGAUGGACCAGAAGUUAUUGGCAAUUCUCUUGGUACCCAGAUGGAGAUAGAUGAUGCCGUGUCCAUAAAAGGGACCACCACCGUUCCUUUCCGAGCUACGCAAGAGAAAAAUAUAAUCCAGAUCGAAGGAUAUAUGCCCUUGGACUGCAUGUUCUGCAAUCAGACCUUCACGCAUUCAGAAGACCUUAAUAAACAUGUCCUGAUGCAACAUCGGCCUAUCCUUUGCGAGCCGGCCGUUUUGCGUGUGGAAGCGGAGUACCUGAGUCCUCUGGACAAGACUCAGGUGAGAACAGAGCCUCCAAAGGACAAGAACUGCAAAGAAAACGAAGAGUUCAGCUGUGAAGUGUGUGGGCAGACGUUCAGAGUCGCUUUCGACGUCGAGAUCCACAUGAAGAAGCAUAAGGACUCCUUCACUUACGGCUGUCAUGUGUGCGGACGGAGGUUCAAGGAGCCCUGGUUCCUUAAGAACCACAUGCGGACACACACCGGCAAAGCGGGAGCCAAGAGCAAACUGCAGCCGGGCGCCGAGAGCCCCGCCACCAUCAACGAGGUGGUUCAGGAGCACGUGGCCGAGAGCAUCUCCUCUCCUUACAAAAUCUGCAUGGUUUGUGGCUUCCUGUUUCCAAAUAAGGAAAGUCUGAUCGAUCACAGGAAGAUGCACACCAAAGACACUGCUUCCGGCAGCGGAGGCACACAGACAGACUCUCCGCAGGGGGGGAUGCCAGCUCCGGGGGAAGAGUUCCUGCAGUUCUUGAACUUGAGGCCCAAAUCACACCCCGAGACCGGGAAGAAGCCCACCAAAUGGAUACCUCAGCUCGAUCCAUUCACCACCUAUCAGGCCUGGCAGCUGGCCACCAAAGGAAAAGUCGCCGUCUGCCGAGAAGUGAAGGAGCAGCCAGGGCAGGAGGGCAGCACCGACAACGAUGAUUCGUGUUCCGAAAAAGAAGAGCUCGGAGAAAUUUGGAACGCCGGAAAAAGCCAUUCCGAAGGUUCUGGAAAGCCCAAGCCAAGCAAAAGCGGCUGCGCGGGCCUCUCCCAGGACAAGGAGAAGCCCAGACCCUCCGGCGGUGAAGUGCCUUCCGUGGAAGCCGACCCAAAGCUGUCCGGGAACAAAGAGAAGCCGACGCACUGCUCUGAGUGUGGCAAAGCCUUCCGGACCUACCACCAGCUGGUCUUGCACUCGAGGGUCCACAAGAAGGAUCGGAGGGCCGACGCCGAAUCGCCAACCAUGUCCGUGGACGGAAGGCAGCCUAGGACGUGUUCUCCGGACCUAACCACCGCCCUGGACGAGAAUGGAGCCGUCGAUCGAGAAGGCGGUUCUGAAGAUGGGUCUGAGGACGGACUUCCGGAAGGGCUCCAUUUGGAUAAAAAUGAUGAUGGAGGAAAAAUAAAGCAUCUUACGUCCUCAAGAGAAUGUAGUUACUGUGGGAAGUUUUUCCGUUCAAAUUAUUACCUCAAUAUUCAUCUCAGAACGCACACAGGUGAAAAACCGUACAAAUGUGAAUUCUGUGACUAUGCUGCAGCCCAGAAGACCUCUCUGCGGUAUCACCUGGAGAGACAUCACAAGGACAAACAGAUCGAUAUUGCCGCGGAAGUCAAGAACGACGGGAAAAACCAGGAGCCCGAAGAUGCACUACUUACCCCCGACAGUGCGCAAACCAAAAAUUUGAAAAGAUUUUUUGAUGGUGCCAAAGAUGUUAAAGGCAGCCCACCUGCAAAGCAACUUAAGGGGAUGGCCUCUGCCUUUCCGAAUGUUCUGGGCAGCACUGUCCUCUCACCAGUUCACAAAGAUACUCAGGAUUUCAAUAAAAAUGCAACGGAUGACAGUACUGAUAGAGUCUGCAAAACUCCUGCCCCCGCCUAUUUGGAUGCGUUACCCAAGAGAGCGGCGGGUGACCCUCAGGCGCAGGAACCCACGUGUAGAACAGAGGUGGGGGUCCCCGGAGGUGCGGCCCAUGCGGCCGAGGUCGGUCACCGGGAGAAGCACGCGGGGACGGCGACGGCGGCCGAGGGCAAGCACAAGGCCGGCGCGGACUGCCAGGAGAAGCCUCUGAACCUGUCCCUCGGGGCGCUUCACGGCUGCCCGGCCAUUUCUCUGAGCAAAAGUUUAAUCCCAGGGAUCACCUGCCCAUUUUGUACCUUCAAGACCUUUUAUCCCGAGGUUUUGAUGAUGCACCAGCGACUGGAGCAUAAGUACAACCCCGACAUCCACAAAAACUGCAGGAGCAAGUCUCUGCUGCGAAGCCGGCGCACCGGCUGCCCGCCCGCGCUGCUGGGGAAGGACGUGGCCCCGCUGGCGCACUUCCCCAAGCCCAAGGCCAGGCCCGCGCCCGCGCCGCCCGCCAAGGCCCCGCCGGCCGACCGGGACCGCGACCGCGACCGGGGGAAGCCGGGCCCCGCCGCGUCCGCCAGGCCCCCGCCGCCCCCGGGGCUCGACCCCAGCACUUUAGCGCCCAGCAACCUGAAGGCGCCGCGGCCGCCGCACCAGCCGCAGCCCGGCGGGGCGCAGGGGGUCGCCCGGCCGCCGGCCGACGCCGCCAACCCAGAGAGGGGCCGGAGGCCCGAGGCCAAGGCCAGGGCGCCCGCCGGCCCCGCUCCGCCCGGUCCUGCCGCCGCCAACGGCUGUGCGGAGCGUCCCUGGGCGCCGCGGGGCCGCGACCCCCCGAGCGGUCGCCCCGCCGAGCCCGGAGAGCCGCUGCCCAAGCGGCCGCGGCCCGACGCCGAGCCGCCCGCGCCCACCUUCCGCCGGGCCUUCGAGCUGCCCAAGUACCACGUGGUGCGCGGCCUGCAGUCGCUGCUGCCCGCCGAGUGCGUGUGCCCGCCGCCCGCCGCGCUGCCGCCCAAGCCCCGCGCCGCGCCCGCGCCCCUCUUCGCCUGCGGGCCCGCCGCCGAAGGAAAAAGGCCUGUGUCCUAUCAACACUUAUCUAGCAGCAUGCUACAAAAGAGAAACUAUGAGAAUUUUAUUGGGAAUGCACAUUAUCGACCAAAUGAUAAAAAAACUUGAUUUCCUGUUUCGGGUAAGAAAGGUCCCGAUGGAUGUGUGUUCUGUCCAUGAAAUUGAGUGAGUCCAUCCUUUGAGAAGGCAGAUGGCGGAAGCUCGUGAGAUAAGCUGUGACCGUGCCGUGCAUGUAACAUACCAGGAACACUACGGUUUUGUAAAGUUGUUCUGCUAACUUUUGUACCAAAUAGCAAUAAAAACCAUAGUUGGAACAGUUGGGUUGUACACAAAUGGAGACUGCAAAUCUCUAUUUUGUCCCUGAAUAAUAUUUUUUUUAGAGUUGACCAAAUAAGGAGUCUUUUGCAUACUUGAGCGCUGCUGAACACAAACCAUCCGGCUGGGGGGGCGGGGGGGGGGGGGAGAGUCUAUAACGAACGCUUGCACCUCAGGUAACUCUGUACAUACGUAAGUUCGAAACCUGCUUGUUCAGAUACUGUGCGUCCCCUUUCUCUCUCCUGUAGCUCAUCCCCAUGAGCAGCUCCUGCUGUUUGUGUUCUUUCAUGGAAAAUGUAUGUUUAAAAAAAAAAAAAAUUCCCGAUGAUUUGUAUUAUGUUAAAUCCUCCUCAGUGCGUCGUCUUAACAAAAUUGUGAACGGAAGUAUCGACCCUCUGUGACUAUGUGCUGCAUAUACUGAGGUCAGCCAUUCUGAAUUCGGUGCCCUUUCAUUGCAAGUUUUCAGUCCGUCAACUGAGGAAGAGUCCCGAUCUGCGACCCUUUUCUGAGAGCAGCCUGUGCCCCGUAGGGUUUUUAAGCGGGCGUGUCUACGGAGAAGUGCGUCUGUCCUCUUCAGGACAGCCCCAUAUCCAGUAAACAUACCAAAUUCUAUGUGGAGUUACUUACUUUCUGUCAAGUUCAUCACUUUUGUUGGAAAAUUCAGGGUUUUUUUGGCUUUCGCUUAAAUUGGUAUGUAAAAAACCUGAAAUGCUGAAUUAACACACGUGAAUUUCAUAUAUUGGGAGCGGUUUUAAAGGACGUGAAAGCGUUUGGGUAAAUUUUAGGUUUGUAUCUGGAAGUCCUGGUGUGCCUGGCCUUUGGGUUAACCGUGGACGUACACGAGUUAAUUGUAGACACGUUGAUUCUGAAUAAGGAACUGCCUGCCGAGCCUUCUGGUAAUGGGGAGGGUGCGAUCUGGUUCUUGACCUCAGUCGUCUUCCCAUUUUUGGUUGUGUUGAGCAACCAGAUGUAGUUUGGGUUUUAAAGCGAGGAUGGCCACCAGCUGGCUUACUACUAGAUGUUUUAGACUUUUGUUCCCUUCCACAUGCUGUCCGUGGCUGAGUUUAUUCAGCAGUACGUGGGUUUAGCAACCACAAGAUAUUUUAUUAAGAAAACUGUUUCAAAAAUAAAUUUGCACUGUUAAGUUUUCUUGCCCUGCCCUUCUGCGUUAGAGCGAGAGUAAAGUCCUACAGGAAUCCUGAUUUUUUGUUUUGUUUUGUUUUCAUUAUGCAACACGAAGCGUACUUGACCGAGAAGUCUUAACUCCCGUGGGAAAGGGAGACCUGAUUGGUCUGUUGGCCUUGUAGUGAAGUGCUUUGUAUCAGGAGAGAGUAGUACACUAUCCACCAUUUUUCCUGUUCACAAGCUGAGCCAUAUGUACAUAAUCUAGAUUUUUGUUUUCAUAGUUUUGCACUUUUAUAGCCUAUUUUUGAAGAUUUAACACAUUUGCAAGAUGAUUGACUUGAUCUUUGCCUAAUCCAAUGAGUGUUACAGAAAGCUCGCUGUGACUAUAAAUGUAAAUCUUUAAAAGGGGAUACGAGAUAAUAGAGGGCUGAAAUUUAAACCUGUAUUUAAAAAAAAAAAAAAAUCACCAAAUCUAUUUGAAAACAAGUCAAUUCAUGUCAUGCUGAAAUUUGGGGGGGCUUUCAGAUUUCUCUUUUCUAACCACAUUUCUCAAUUUCUGAAUACAUAAAAAUGUCCUUUGUUCCACAGCCCUUGUCCUCCAAUUUUUUUUUUUUUUUUUUUUUUUGUCCAUCAGUAUUAACUAUUGGGAUACUACUGGUUUUGUAUGUUUUUUUUUUUUUUUCCUUUGAGACAACAGUACAUAUAAUAGAGGUACAAUCCGUUGGAUUUUUGUUUAUGUAUUUAUUUCAUUCCAGUUUGAUUUAUUUUAAUUGUUGAUACUUGUCAAACAGUAGACAUUACUUGUUUUAUUUAUGAUAUAUUUCAGCUUAAAGUUAUGUUAUUAUAUGUGGAUGUAAAUAUAGAUUUGGUGUUUUGCA